UGUGACCGUCCGCCGGGUUGCCCUCGUCCGUCCCGUCAUCCGAGGCGCUCCGACCUGGACCGGCUGGAUCUGGUCUCUGGGAGUCUCCAGCUGCGGGAUGAGACCGACACAGUGAUAAAAGCAGCAUCCAGAAGCGGAGCCCGGAUUUCACCCUCCUGCCGGCGGAGCCAUGAGGAAUCCACGGGUCGAUGUCGCCCUGACACUGUACCUGCUCCUGGAGUGCGUCCAAGCCAAAAAGUAUUGCUGGUACUUUGAAGGUGGAUACCCCAUUUACUUCAUAUGCCGCUCCUACGAGGACUGCUGUGGGACUCGCUGCUGUGUGAGGGCCCUGUCCAUCCAGAGAAUCUGGUACUUCUGGGUGCUGCUGAUGAUGGGAGUGCUCUUCUGCUGUGGCGCCGGCUUCUUCAUCCGCAGAAGGAUGUACCCGUCGCCCCUGAGAGACGAGCCAGCGUUCAACGUCUCCUUCACCCGCCAUCCUGUCACCACACCAGUUUCCCAGCAGCCGGGAAGUAUGCAGGGCUUCGGGGUCAACGGGAUGACAGGGGGUGACCCAGGGGUCACCGUGACGCACCCGGCGUACCCAGCACAGCCCGGCUCUGCCCACAUGAUGAUGGGCUUCUACCCGCCGCCUCCAUCCUACUGCAACCACCCGCCGCCAUCUUACGAACAAAUAUUUCAGAACAGAGACAAGAAGUAACAACAAGGAGACGGAGGCGCAGAGGAGAGAGGCCGUUAGAGGAUGAGGAUGAAGAGGGAGCGUCUGACAACAUAACUGUUUCUGGAUGUAAGACUGGGAAAGCACACAACCUACUGUCUGUGAGAGGAAGGAUUCUAGACACACGUAUUCCCUCAUGCACACACCCUGCUUCGUCUGGAGGACUUCACUUACUUCUGGUUUACGUGGAUGUGCCUGUAUAGACCUGAUUAGCUGGAGGUUUUGGACGUCACCGUGCUCACUGUCACCUCUCUGCACAGCACAGAUAACGUCGGUCAGAUGUAGGAUGUAACAAAAUGCCAGAUUUGACUGGAAGAGCACACUGAUACAUACUGAUACAGAUGUAGUAGGUUUGGUAGGAUGAUGUGACCGACUUAGACUUAACGUUUUACCACCACAUGGAUUCUCCUGCAGCAGUGGCUUCUGCUCUUGUUAGACGUAACGGAGGCCGUGCGUUUUCCACACAGUGAUGAUGACGCGCUUUUGUUUUACUGUCACAUGAGUGUCGUCCUAGUGCUGGAAAGCCGGUGAGUCAAAAAUGGAGGACGCUCUCUCUGCUUUAGCUUUAUAUUCGCUUAAAAUUUGCUCAUAUUUAUCAUAUUCUGUGACAGUAGAACACUUUAAUUAUAGACAGGUGGUUCGCAGGAAGUGGAGCUCAAACGUCUUAUAAAUAAGCUGUGCAAUUUUUCUAGUAUCUUCUUUAAUUAAUCAUUAAAAUAAAGUAACAAAACAUGAUAAAGGAUCAAAAGCUUAAUGAAGCGCUGGUUCUGCUCGGUGGCUCGAUAGCUGUUAGCUCGCCACCUUCAGGCGUUGACCCACUACAGUAGAUUAACCACCAUCAGGCUUUUUCCCCCUAUUAUUGAAAUGCUGUAAUGUCUCCUGAAGCUUUGACCGGCUGCAUGGCUUGUAGGUCUACGAGCCUAGAAAUGCUUAAACUGAGUGUAGUAAGUAACCAAAGGAGUAUGUAUAAGAAAUUUUGUGAUUUUUAAAAGGUGCAGUGCGUGAGAUACAGCCGUGAGAGAACGUACUGUACGAUGGCCAUUAUCAUGGCGUUAUUGAUGUAGUAAAAUUAUUUUAUUCUUUGUUUGUGCUUUGGUGUCUCACCAAAUUCAAGCUUAGAUUUCAAGUUGAAAAUGUGAAACUACCCCUCAUGGCUUCCUGAAACUGGACACAACUGAAAAAAAUAAUUACAGUAGAAGACUUAAGCCUCUUUAAACUCUACAUGCUGCACCUUUAAAUAAUAACAAUAAUAAGGAGAAGGAGUGGAUGCAAGGCGUAAUGGUGAGAGGACUCGUCCUAAGUAGCUGCUGCUGAUGAUGAUGAUGAUCUAGUUCCUGCUGAAUCACUGAGUGUAACCUGCCAGGAGCAUGUUCCAAGAAACCUUUAGGAAUCCACUGCUUUGCACUUAGCAUGUUGUCCAUGCAUGUUCGGAGGAAAUCCAGUGGAGCAGAAUCAGUUGCCUGUCAGUCACCUUGUGUGACUGUGGUAUUGUUUGUCUCCAUAAAAAUUUAAAGAUUCAGUUGCUGCUGCAAACACUAAGACUACUGUAUACAGACCACAAUCAGCCAAUAUGAACCUGAAGAAAGUUUAGUUAAUCAGCAUCACAGUGACACACUAUGAAACAGCAGAUGUGCCAGAGUUCACAAACAUGCUUAUAGUUUCUCCGCUUGGUUUUGCAGGAAUCAAUUCCACCAUGUGUGUUUGUAAAAAGGUGACAGUUUAGCUCUAGUACGUUCAGAAUGAUGUGAUAUGUUGCUAAAUGACUGCUCCAGUGAAGUAACUUGUAAUUUAAACAUUUCUUUGAAAUUUUGUGUUUUGCAAUAAAUACAUAGAUAGUAAUGAAGUGUUAGUACCAGGAAGUAGCCGAGCUCUGUCUGUAGCAUAGAAACACACACUCAAUAGGCACCAACCACUGAAUGGGCCCAAUACCAUCAUAAACCCUCAUUAUCCCUUCAUGUCGAAUUGAAUAUUUGGAUUCUAUAUGAAGUCCAUUAUGGUUUUAGCCUGUUCUGAUACACAGCACAACUUUACAAUAAGGCACCAUAUUCUGUUUAGUUAUAUCAAACUAUGCAACAGAUUAUGAAACGGAUAAAGCAUCUCACUCCCUUCCUUCAUCUACUGUUUUUGGCAUCUGCUUUGAUGACUUGGACAUAAAAAAGCAUCAGAAUUUGUAAAAUAUGUAAAUAAACUUCACUUCUGAAAAAACGUGUCCGA